CGGUAUACCCUCCUACCAGCGUAUCGACUCAGCAGUGGAGGGGAUCCAACAUCGAGAGCAUGGCGUGACAGCGCUCAAGUGUGCGGGGCUGAUACAACCACUGACGGCUGACUUGCUGCACUCCCAGCUACAACGCCUUACUUCUGAUUCCCCCUCCUAGAGCCUCUACGCAACGCUCGGCCCACCCACCAUGACCGCUACAGAGUAUGACAUCGCGAUCAUCGGCGCCGGCAUCGUCGGCUCGUCCCUCGCGUCCCACCUCGCGCCUCACGCGCGCGUCCUGCUUCUCGACCGCGACCUCGCCGUCCGCGGCUCGUCAGGUCAUAACCCCGGCUUCGUGGGUCAGCUGAACCGCCUCCCGCCUCUGACCGAGCUCGCGCGUCGCUCCGUGCGCGCGUACAGCACCGUGCCCGGCGGCUUCGAGAACUCGGGCUGUCUCGAAGUAGCCCUCACCAAGCCCGAGCUGGAGAUGCUGCGCGCGCGCGGCGCCCUCGCCCGCGCCUCGGGCAUGAAGGCGACUCUCGUGAGCCAGGCCGAAGCGCGCCGCCUCGCGCCGGCGUUCGUAGAGGACUGCGUGGGCGGACUGCACUUCCCAGACGACGGGUCUGCCGACCCAAAGGUCCUCGCCAAACACUACCAGGCUCAAGCCGCGUCUGCUGGUGCGACUUUGCUCGCGGCCGACGUUCUCGCGUUCAAGGAGGGGGCAGUAGAGACCUCCGAAGGCGUGAUCAAGGCCAAACGCGUGGCCGUGUGCACCGGUAUUUGGGGCACGCAGCUCCUCCCCCUUCCCAUGGCUGGCGCGGUGGUCGUCGGCCAAGGGUACGCGUACUCGUCGACACGGAGGCCGCGCACCGCGAGCCCGAUCAUCCGCUGGCCCGGCGUCCAAGUCUACGGGCGCGACCACGGCGACCGCGACGGUAUCGGCAGCUACGACCAUGCGCCGGUCCACGUGCCCACGUCAGACAUCGGAGGCCACAGCACGGCCGCAAGUGCAUGGAACAAGGCGUUCACCGGCGCACUCGCGCGCGCCUUGGCCCUGCUGCCGGAGCAGACGGCUGCCCGGUUCUAUGGCCGCACCCUCGCUGGGACCGGGACGGAGGAUGCCGCCGCCGCCAUCAUCCAAGCCCGUGAGGCGGGGAGGGCGCAUGCGUUCAACAGCCUCUUCCAGGUUACGUCGGACGGAUACCCGCUCGUCGGCCGUGUUCAGGACGGCGUGUACGCGAUAUGAUACUGCAGGACAUGGGCAAGGGCGAGGAGAAGGAUGAGGACGCCGAGAUACGAAGAGUGCUCGAUCCCCUCCGCUUUGCCGGGAAGGAUGUGGUUGACGACGCGUUGAGGACGUACAACGACAUCUAUAACCGUAAAAAGUAGCUGUGAUUUAGGAGCCUGGCUUCUCAAUGAUAGGAUGGA